ACGCAUUGAUUUCCUGCACACUUCCCUUCACCUGCUCGGGCUGGACUGAGAGUGACAGCAUGCAGUGAAUUGGUUACGGCUUUUAUAAUAGCUUUAAAGUUUACCUUUUAGAAAAGAAAAAUCUUUAAAGUCAAUGUGAAUUGAAGUUCUCGAUUUCCUACAGCGGCUGGAAUACCCUUCCUGAUUAGCUUUUACUUUCACUUUCUGUUUCACUCGCUGCUUGUUGGCAGAGUCGCUCUGUUAUGGAGGUGCAUCUGCCAUGGCUUGUAUUGCUGCUGUCUUUAUAUCUAGCUGGUGUAAGCUCUGAUGGUCAGGAUAAUGAUUGGGUUGACCCCUCUGAUAUGUUGUUUUAUGAUGCUGCUACAAAGAAAAUGCGUAUUCCCAAGAAGUUGAUGGAAAGCAAUAAUAUAUUAAAACAACAUUUUAAAGGAAUCUUACAUCACGCCAAGCAAUUAUCUCUGCCUAAUAGUCAUGAAGAUGAAGAACAACAUUUUGAUGCUGAAAUUAUCCUAACAAAGCAAAUGAUAACAGAGAUGAAUAGGAUUAUUAAGGACGAAGAGUGGAAUCCAACGAUUAUGGAAGCAUUUUUGAAAAAUAUUGUUUUUCGAAUGAAGUACCAUGACAAGCAUAAUUGGGAGAUAAAGUUUGAGGAUAUCUUUUUCAUGGAUUUUGAGCAUGCGUUUAUGGUUGUGGUUUUUAUGCUGACUGCGAUUGGGGUCUUAGACUUGUGGACACGAGUGUCUUGGUUAGCUCAGCUCACCUGUGUGCUCUUCCCUGUUGUCUAUGUUUUGCAAACAAUUUAUGAUUAUGAGAUUAUUUUUACUAUAAAAAAGAAGGACUCGGAACAGCCAGGUACAGAGAGUGAUAAUUUUGUUGUCAUUCUCACAAUUGGCGGUUUAUUGAUGUUAUAUGCUCCCUGGGUUGUAUGGUUUGUAAAGCACAAGAUAUGCCAAUGGCAUAUUCCCAGGGCUGGUGAAGGGAAUGAAGCUGAACUGCGCAGAAAUGAAGAGCAUAUUCCAAUGGGUGUUGAAGGGAACAACGCUGAUCUGCCCAUUGACCCCGCUCUUAUACCAAAUGAAUCACCAAUAUGCCUAUCUGUACAGGAGACACAUGAACAAUACUCUCAGUCUGAUGUUCAAGUGGCUAAACAUAAAGUGACAAAUCACAGUCUUUUUAGGAACUCUGAUGGUGAAAAUACAGAAUUAUAUUCUGAAUUUGCAAAAUGUGCUGUAAAAACACUCAAAGUAGAGGGAAAAACAUCGACACUGCCACCUACAACUUAUGAAGAAAGUAAUAUAACAGCUGAUUCAUCUUUGCAAGUCAAUACAAUGAAUACAAUUUUAUUCCAGGAAUUAUUAUUUGAAGGGGUCGAUCAGUCUGUGCAGAAUGACAGGAGUCUUUUGGUCAGUAAUGAAUAUACAAGCUCAGAAACUCCUCCGGAUGAGUCUCCUAGCUUUGUGGUUAUUCCAGACCAAGCUGAAUGCUUGGAAGCUUCUCAGAGUGAUGAUGGACCUUCUGUCAUCUUUGAGCUCAUGUGAAAAAUAUGCCAUUGUGACUGAGCCUGAAGAUGCUUUAUUGCCAGAUACAAUUCUGAAUCUUCUCAGAAUGAUGGCAAUACUACCAGCAAUAACCCAGAAGAAUAAUAGACGUAACCAUUGUAAGAGUCGUCACAGAACUGUGGUCACAAUUUUUGGUUAGUAAUGAAUCUUUUUGAAGUGACAGAACCCCUGUCACCUCCACGGUCAUUUCAGAGUAAAGCUGGCCAUCAACACAAAGAUCCCAAUGUUGGUAUCAUCGAACUAUCGGACGUCCUCAUCUCCCGACCUGCCACUAACCUUCAGUUGAAAUAAAGUCGUAAAAGAACAGAUCAGCCGAUGUUCAACCCUUGACAGCAAUCGUAAGAAAGUUUAUGUCCAACAAAGAU